AUGAUGUCUGCCACCGACGACAUCGAGGAACCCCCUCCUCCGAUCACGAUAUUGCUCUUACGGUCGCCCGUGUCCAUGACCAAAGGCACAGAUCCAUAUCACGACGCUUUCGGCUCUUUCUGUCUGCCCUCGUUUGCAUCUUCUGCGCUCGAAUCAGGCACAUCGACUCCGCUGCCAAGCUUGUCGGAGGGCGCAAAGUCCUCCUUCUCUUCCACUGCAGAGCAUGGCGCUCUCGACCUCAUAAAGACCGCCCUGACGCAGCAAGCCGCCGUAGCCGCCGUCGCCGCCGCCGCUCCCAACAAGCCAUCCCCGGAUCCUACAUCAGCACCUGCAGCAGCGUUACCACUCUCAGCAACGGGAAGACGCAAGGGCAAGUUCAUCCACGAUCAGCCUCGUCUCAUGACACAUCACCUCUCCUAUCCACAAGACGCCAACGGCGAUGAGGUCGAAAUCGAGUAUUGUGUCACUUCCUUCCCCAUCCUUUCUCACAAGUUUGUCAAUCGUGAUCAGUUCAUCGAUCGUCUCCUUCAUGGCUCUCGCAACACCACCGACGGCUCCAGCGGUCCUUACCGCGGCAUGAUCGUGACGAGCCAACGAGCUGUAGAAGCAUACAUCUCGGCAGGCGUCGCAGCCCAGGACAUCCUCCGCAGCAACAAAAAGACUUCUUCCAGCUCUCCGACGGCGUGGAAUCGUGUUCCCUUCUUCGCAGUGGGCCCCGCGACCUCUUCGGCGCUACGCAACGUGCCUCUUGCCCCAUGGCUUCGCCCGCGACUCGUCAUGGGUGGCGAGGCCACCGGAACAGGCGAAGCGCUGGCUCGCUACGUCGUGCGUCACUUUUCGUCGCCUUCCAUCUUGGAUCAGAAUUCCGACGUGCGCUCGGCGGAGCAGGCACCCCCGCUCCUAUACCUCGUCGGCGACAAGAAUGCGACCACGAUCCCUGACAUGCUGACGCAAGCCUCACCUCCCACAGGUCCCGUCCCCUUCGAGGAGCUUCAGGUGUACGAGACGGCGCCAGAUGUCCACUUUGCCGAAGGCUGCGAUGUGCUCGCGACGACGCUUCCUUCGGUCGUCUCGCGCCCUCCCAGUCGGAGACCGAGUCACGGCAGCAGACGUCCCAGCGGCGGAAGCAUCGCAUCGGCUGCCAGGAGCACAGGGGCCAGCCGCAGGUCGAGCGCCGACGAUCUUCGCGCCCAUGCUAGGAGCAGCGCCGAGCUCAGCCGCAAUCCGUCGCAUUCUUCCCACCAUCAAAACCUGAGCCACGUGCCUUCCGUCGGCACGCCGCUCGGCGUUAGCACCAUGACAUCGGCCGAAGCAGCGCGUCCACGCCCCGACAACCUGGCCAUUCCUGCCGCAGUUGGUGGGUCGCCCCAGCUGACGGCAUCGCCCGCUCAUAUCGAGCCAGAGGCCAUCAAUCCGAUCGAGGAAGAGUCGGUGCUCAAAAUUCUCAGGUCAAAGGCCAAGAAUGCUGCCGCCGAUUCGGCCGGUCAUGGUGCCGGAAAUGGCGCCAAGCCUCCCUACGUCGCGCGGCCGGACUGGAUCGUCUUCUUCUCGCCGAGUGGCGUCGAUUAUGCAUUGGACGAGUUUCGACGUCGCAAAUGGAUGCCACCCGCCACAGAUGGAAGUGCAUCGGCCGCGACGACUCAAAAAGCAGAGCAGCUCGGCGCCGCAACCACCAUCUCUUCUGCGCAUACGACAGCGCUCGGCAAAGGCUCAGCCAGCACCUCUCGCAAAUUUCCGCGCAUCGCAGUUCUCGGCAGCACCACACGCGCUUGGAUGGUCGAACACCUCGACAUGGAGCCCGACGCUGUCGCCACCAAACCUGGUCCCAAGGAGCUCAAGGAUGCCAUCGAAGCGGUGGAGCUACGUCUACGUGCCAAGGUGUAG